GUCGGAUCACUGAUGUGGAACACGGCAUGGCACACGCAGCUAUACCACGCCACGGCGUGUCUCGGCGUGGUGCUGCACACAGCCAACCUGCGCUUGGGGCCGAAAGACUUGACCUACUGCAUUCGUCAUGCCCAAGAUCAGAUCAUGUUUGUGGACGCCGAUCUCGUGAAGCUCCUCGCAGCGGUGGAGGCACCCAUUUUGAGCGACAUCCAGCUCUUUGUCAUUGCUGGUGAGGAUGCAGUGCCCGGAAAGUUCAAGAUUCCCCAGCAGAUCCCUUCCGAGCGGGUCCAGGACUUGGCAGCCUUUGUGUCGACCAGUGUGGCAUCCUUCGAGUGGCCAGACUUCAAGGAGACGACGCUGCAUGCCAUUUGCUAUACCUCUGGCACCACAGGGAAUCCUAAGGCAGCUGCAUACAGCCACCGCUCGACAUACCUGCAUACUAUAGCAGCCGUGGGGGCCGACGCGCUGGGUCUCAAGGGAUCCCAUGUAGUGCUCCCCUUUGUCCCUAUGUUUCAUGUCCUCAGUUGGGGUGUUCCUUUCAUGGCGCUGAUGUUGGGCACUCGCAUGAUCAUGAACAACCGCUUCAUGGACCCAGCCAGCCUCCUUCAAUGCUUCGUUGACUGGGAGGUGCAGCUGAGCACAGGCGUGCCAGUUGUUUGGCAGGGUUUGAAGGCCGCCAUCGAGAAAGUGGGUGUGGAGCAGGCCUGUGCACCGGUGUCCCUCAUGAACUGGUACAAGGAGCAACUGGGGAUCACCUUCUUGCAAGGCUGGGGCAUGACGGUGGCCAAGUAUCAGGAUUUGACGGCCAGCCCAGCCACCUUGCUCAGCAACGUGGCAAAGGCUGGCCUUCCCAUGCCAGGCCUGAAUGCUAUUCCUUUCGAAGGCUUUGAGAUCCGCGUGGUGAACCCAGAGAACUUGGACGAGGAGCUACCCCGCAACCAGCCUGGGGAGCUACUUUGCCGUGGUCCCUGGGUAAUCGGUGAAUACUUUCACGAAGAUGCUGCCGACAAAUUCCACAAAGGAUGGCUCAUCACUGGGGAUGUGGCAAAGGUCGACCAUGAUGGCGCUGUCGUCCUCACUGACCGCUCCAAGGAUGUGAUCAAGUCGGGUGGUGAGUGGAUUUCUUCCAUCGACAUGGAAAACCACAUCGCCGCUUUGCCGGAGGUUGCGCAGGCAGCUGUGGUGGCCGCCUACCAUCCUCGUUGGGAGGAGAGGCUGGACCGGCUCUUACAAUCGCAGUAUGCAGAAGCGCAGAAUCUGACAAAAAAAGGACCCAAACCCUAG